AUGCCUGCCGAUACGCAGCAAAACAUCGAACGCAAAAGUUUCUUAAAAGGAAUAAAAUCUCUUCAAAUACCGUCACAUCCCCUGAACAGUGGUACAAGAACUCAGAUAAACAACAGCAACAGCGAUAGCGGAAGGCAGUAUAUCAACAACAGCAAUGGAAAUCAAUGGAAUGCGGAGACCCAGAACUUCGAUAUUAAGCAGAAGGAGGACUUCGGCUUCCAUAGGCCUGUUGGUCUCUGUCUCCGGAAAGCACCAAUUAUCGCACGAGAGCUUUUUAUUGGCCGUGUCUCUGAGCUUAAUCAAAUGGAAGAGCAUUUAAAUGGAGCUCAACGUCAACCAUGCCUAGUUCUCGGUGGGAUGGGUGGCAUCGGCAAGACUCGACUUGCUCUCACCUACGCCGAGUCGCAAUCUGAUUUUUAUGGCUCAGUCUUCUGGCUUAAUGCAACAAGCGAAGCUACAAUUAUAGAUAGUUUUCGGCAUCAUUUUUGA